CGGAGCACUGUUUAUAAAAGUUUUAUUUUACAUAAUGUUAGUGUUAAAUUGGGUCGAUGAUGAUGAUGAUGUGGUUUGCACUUUCAAAAUAGAAAGUCAAACAUUACCAUGAUUGAAGAAUCGAAUGUUUGACUUUUUAUAUUUGGUGUUUAUUUGCCAUAUCACUAACGUAAGGUAUAAUUAAAUUUAAAUGAAAAAGGGGUUUUAGGGUCAUGGGGUUCACGUCAUGACCACCACCUCCGCUGUAAUUACUGAGACUUGGUGUUGUGUUCUGUCUGACUCACAGUUGGAUACGGCGAAGUUCAUGUGACCACACCGAAAAUGUCAACACUAAUCUAACCAUAUAUUACAUAUAUAAACCCUAAACUCGAUUUCAAUGGUAUCUAAUACGAUAUAUAUAUCAUAUUAACAUCAUAUUUUACAAGUUCUUUACAUAUAUAUAUGUAUAUAUACACAGAAUCCUUUGCAUGCAUAUGAUCAAAACUCACCGACCUUACUAUUAAUGGCUCCCACGUUUCACAUUCUCCAUCUUUCCCUCCAUUGAUAUAAUAACUGUCUUCUUCUUCUUCUUCUUCUGAUGACAUUGCAGACGGAUGAAAUUUGAACAACUCCUCAUGGAAACUGGACAUCAACACUGUCAGAAACAUGAUCUUCAACAAAGUGUGAUGAGUCUAGACGGGGAACUGGGCCAUGAACAAGCAAUCCACAAAGCCUUGCGAGCUGCCGUCAAUGGCACCGUCUUAUCACAGCCACGCCUCACCUUUUCCCUUCUUCCGCCUCAGGUUCAGGAGCUUAUCACAGAAAUUGCAACGGUUGAAGCAGAGAUUCUUCGUCUAGACCGCCAAAUUCAGGAGCUGAAACUUGACCUGUACCAAGAACAGAUACAAAACCAAGAGAUGCAGAUGAGUUUAGUGUCGGAGCAGCAAGAGCAGAGGAGGGUUCUCACCAGACAAAAUCAUGUCAGACACGAUCUGCAUCAUCGGUCAAUGUCCCAAUACUACCGACGAGCUCCCAGAGAUUCAGCCUCGGCCCACUCCAGGUUCUCGUUCGCUUAUGCUUCUUCCGAUUUCUUCAAUGCAACUUCCACAGGCUUCACAGAUGAACUUGAUAAGUUGUCGAGGAUGCAAGUGACAAAAGGGAUUCAAAUAGUGGAAGCUAAGAUUAAAGAUGACCCCAACGAUGUAUCAGAGCAGCUCAUCAGGUGUCUCAUAGGCAUAUAUCUGGAAAUGAACCAGGUAUCACCAGGCAAAGCUGAAGGAGAUGUUGUACCAAAGCGUCAGAGUCUUCCACACUCGAGGAGACAAUCCUUUAGCCGGAAAGCUAACACAUACACUUGUUAUUACCAGAAUACACUGAAUCUAGAUCCUUACCGCAUUUUGUCAGACUCGAGCGGGGUCAUUAGGGAUGUUGGCCCUUACAAUAACUUCAUUCACAUAACUAAGAGCUCACUUGAUGUGAGCAGUUUCACCCACUACUGCUCGCCCGCUGUCCCACGAUUAAGGGUUCUGAUGGAGAAACUAGCAGAGGUUGAGUUGAGCUUCUUGACCUACAAGCAGAAGCUUGCAUUCUGGAUCAAUAUCUACAACGCCUGUGUAAUGAAUGCAUUUCUCGAGCACGGGUUACCUUCAUCGCACAACAAAUUACUUACCUUGAUGAACAAGGCUUCGCUCAACGUGGGCGGCAUAGUCUUGAACGCUUUGGCCAUUGAGCAUUUCAUCUUACGCCAUCCAGGUGAACCAGAACAUGUAAGCCGAUCUAACUCAUCGAAUUCACAGCAAUAUAAACACUAUCAGUUGAAUCUAAGAAGCUUUUUCCAUGAAAAGGGUUUGAACAAUGAGAAGGAAACUCUACUGAGGCACGCUUACGGCCUUGGAUACUCUGAGCCCAAUGUGACAUUUGCACUUUGCCGUGGAAACUGGUCCUCGCCAGCGCUCAGAGUUUACACACCGGACAACGUUGUGAACGAUCUAGGCAGAGCAAGAGUAGAGUAUCUAGAAGCUUCUGUCGGUGUUUCGAGCAAGAAAAGGAUUGUGAUUCCACAGCUCCUGCAAUGGAAUAUGAAGGAUUUUGCAGACGAUAUGGAAUCCCUUCUGGAGUGGAUUUACAGUCAGUUGCCGAGAUCAGGGAGCUUGAAGGGCAUGAUGAUGGAAUGUCUGAAAAGAAAAGCGAAAACUCCUUUAACUAAAAUGGUCGAGAUUCAGACAUACAGGGACGAAUUCCGUUACCUGUUGUCAUUGUAGACGAGAAAAGAAGCUUCUCUUGUUAUUAUUACAAUGCAGUUCUUCCGCCA